GAGGGAGGAGACUCUCCGGCCGCACCACUGACAGGUCUACGCCUUUCCGGUCAUGUGAUGUCACUCUAAUGCGCAGUCUCCAGUGUGGUGACGUCAUGAGUCGAGUGUACGGAAGUAUGUCCGGGAUGUGUUGCCGGUAACGGGACCGGUAACUUCAACGAGUAUAUGAGCAUGUCCGUGAGGACGGAGCCGGGAAGACACGGCAGUGAAUUUCGCAGGCGCAGGAAGCUGUGUGACAUCCAAAAAGCUCUGAAUAAGGAUCCCCCGGAUGUAGCCACACUCAGGCGGAUGGCGAUCAGUGAAGGUGGACUACUUACUGAUGAGAUUCGAUGCCAAGUGUGGCCUAGACUUCUGAAUGUCAGUACCGAGGAGCUACCCCCACCCCCAGGUCCUGAGCUGCGGGUGAACAACAAAGACUAUGAGCAGGUUCUGCUGGACGUUCGGCGCUCGCUUAGGCGCUUCCCUCCCGGUAUGCCCUUAAAGGAGCGGGAAGACUUGCAGGAGCAGCUGAUUGACAUCAUCCUGCAGGUGUUGGGACGAAACCAUCAAUUGCACUAUUACCAGGGAUAUCAUGAUAUUGUAGUCACCUUCCUGCUGGUGGUGGGAGGGCCACUAGCCACUCUCCUGGUGGAUAAGUUGUCCACACAUCACCUAAGAGACUUCAUGGACCCCAGCAUGGAUAACACUAAACACAUCCUUAACUACCUGAUGCCCAUUAUAGAGCUGGUAAACCCAGCAUUGUACGACUUUAUGGUUCGGGCGGAGGUUGGCACCAUAUUUGCCCUGAGUUGGCUGAUCACAUGGUUUGGGCACGUAUUGUCAGACUUCAGGCAUGUAGUGAGGUUGUACGAUUUCUUUCUGGCAUGUCACCCACUGAUGCCCAUCUACUUUGCUGCUGUGAUUGUGUUGCACAGAGAGGCAGAGGUGAUGGAGUGUGAGUGUGACAUGGCGUCUGUGCACCACCUGCUGUCUCAGAUCCCUCAAGAUUUGCCCUACGAGACGCUCAUCAGCAAAGCCGGUGACCUUUUUGUCCAGUUCCCCCCAUCUGAACUUUCCAGAGAAGCCUCACAGCAGCACCAGGCAGAGAGGACCGCAGUGUCGACUUUUAAGGACUUUGAAUUGGCGUCCACCCAGCAGCGGCCAGAUAUGGUCCUCCGCCGCCGCUUCAGAGAUUCUGUCCGUCCAGAGCAUGGGAACAAGGCCGUCCUCACCAAACCCCGACAUAAUAGACUGGUGAAGCUGGCUGUCAUGGGGCUGACAGUGGCCCUUGGUGCAGCGGCACUUGCUGUAGUGAAGAGUGCCUUGGAAUGGGCUCCCAAAUUUGAACUGCAGAUUUUUCCAUAGUCUGAUGUUGUUGACUGUGGACAUGGGAUCCAUUGCUCAUCUCAUAGGGUGGAGAUCACACACCCACACCGGUGCCUUUGUCCUGUCCCGUACACUAUUGCCCUCACCCCUUCCCAACACCUGACUUUAUUUCACCACUUUACACUUGGACCUGGGCACACUCCAUUAACCAUUCACAUGUGGAGAUGCCGCUGUGUAUGCCACACCCCCAAAUGAUGCGAACUCGGCGUGGGAUCCAGCUAAAUAACCUGUGUAUAUCUGUACAUAAUGAUGAUAAAUAUUUAACACCACUCUAUCAUCAUUGCAAUUGCAGCCUGUUCUAUUUCUAGGAAAACCGUGUGAAAACCAAUAUGACGUCUCAUACUGGAAAUCCAUCUUGCUGUGCCUUAGGGCCGGGCUGGGACCAAAACUAGGCCCAGGCAUUUUAGGUUAAGCAGCCCAUUUCGACCCACUUCAAUCAUGGGUGUGGCUAUGUAUAGGUGGAGCCACAAAGGGGAGGGGGUAAAUGUCAAUUAGAGUUGAGUAUAAGAAGUUACAUAAUGGA